AAAGAUGUCCAUCAAAUGUUUACAGCUUAUAUUUAUGCGCUCUAUCACGCCGGGAAUUUCGAUCGGUUAUUUGAGGUAAUUGGGAGAUCGAGAUUCGAUGAACGAUAUUACAAAGAAUUGCAAGAAAUAUGGUACAAAGCCAGAUACAAGGAGAACGAAUCCAAGCGCGGGAAGGAAUUGGGCGCUGUGGAGAAGUACCGAUUACGACGAAAAUAUCCUCCUCCUCGAAGCAUUUGGGAUGGCCAAGAAACUAUAUACUCAUUCAAAGAGAACAGCCGAAAGUACCUAAAGCAAUUCUAUAAACAAAAUCAGUAUCCCACGUUGGAUCAGAAAAAAGAAAUAUCAAGAGCGACAGACUUAGAGAUUGUGCAGAUCUCGAACUGGUUCAAGAAUCGUCGUCAGCGCGACAAGACGAGAAUGGAAUGUGCACAGUAUGGGAGGCCGCAGAUGAUGCAGCUGCAAACACUUGCCUACGGCAACCUGCCGCUGAACAUGAACAUCAACAUGCCCUACUCCUGCAAAAUGGAAUGA